ACCCAGCCCAGGUCCAUCUCCGCCCGCAGGAGGGCAGAAUCGCCCGCUCUCUCUGCUCGCGAUCAGCUCGCCUCCUCCCUCGCCGCCUCGUUCCAACCUGGCUCACCCAUCGCCCAGGAGGCCCUGGCCCGUGAUCUCGCUGAGGAGGACGACUAUCCAAACGACGACGGUGAAACCCCCUUUGACGACGAUGCGUCUGAUAUCGACUUCUUCCCUGGUGCAGCCGGCGAGGAGCCUGUCGUCAUGUACAGACGACCCAGCGGUGUAGCGUACGGCACCACGCGCCCCGUCGUCGGACCUCGCCCUUUUGAUGAACCCGUCCUCACCCGCGGUGAGUGGGUGCAGUCGCGCAAUGAGGAGUUGAGCCUUCUGCGAGACAACCACCUCCUGCCUCCCAAGCACCCCAUCCCGGAACACGAGUCCUUCUUCAGGCGUCUGUACAAGAGGCUCUUCUCCACCAAGGUGCCCCUCGGGUCUGAUGACUACGACAACGGUGACGACGAGAGCCAACACCACCACGCACCGCUGUCACGUGUGGCCUCUGAGCAGACGCCCCUGCUGCUUGGGAACGGUGGCGAGAACGGGCUCGAGGCAUCUCCGCUCGCGGUUGAAGAGCUGAACGAGCAGUGGGAGGCGGCAGUGUCGGCGGGCCAGAUCAAGACGACGUGGCAGCGCGAGGCCAAGACCAUCGCUGUGUACUCGAGGUCGCUCAUUGUCACCUUUAUGCUGCAGUACUCGAUCAAUGUGGCCAGCAUCUUCGCCGUCGGCCACAUUGGCAAAAUUGAAUUAGGCGCCAUCAGCUUGGCCACCAUGACGGCCAACAUUACCUGCUCAGCACCCUUCCAGGGCCUUGCCACAUCCCUCGAUACCCUCUGCGCGCAGGCCUACGGGUCCGGUCACAAGCACCUCGUGGGCUUGCAGAUCCAGCGCAUGGUUUGCUUUCUCCUCUUGCUCUUCCUCCCGCUCGUGGCGGUCUGGCUCAACGCGACCGAGAUCCUCGCCCUUAUGAUCCCCGAACGCCGCACCGCCGAGCUGGCAGGCGAAUACCUCCGGAUCUACCUCCUCGGCGUCCCGGCCUUCAUCGUCUUCGAGGGCGGCAAGCGCUUUGUCCAGGCCCAGGGCCUUUUCCAGGCCACCACCUACGUCCUCCUCAUCGCCGCGCCCUUCAACGUCUUCCUCAACUGGUUCUUCGUCUGGCACCUCGGCUGGGGUUUUAUCGGCGCCCCCGUCUCUGUCGUCAUCACCCAGAACCUCCUCCCGAUCCUGCUUACCGCCUACGUCUACUUUGUAGACGGCCGUCAGUGCUGGGGUGGCUUCAGCCGCCGCGCCCUACACAACUGGGGCCCCAUGAUUCGCCUCAGCAUCCCCGGCAUGAUCAUGGUCGAGGCCGAGUGGUUCGCCUUCGAGAUCCUCACCCUGGCCACGGGUCGUCUCGGCAGCACCUACCUCGCUACCCAGUCUAUCCUCAUGACCAUCACCUCGACCACCUUCCAGAUCCCCUUCCCCAUCGCCAUCGCCUCCUCCACCCGCGUGGCCAACCUCAUCGGCGCAGGCCUCGUUGAUGCGGCCCGCACUUGCGCCCGCGUCGCCUUCUGGGCUGGCGUCGCUGUCGGCAUCCUCAACGUUACCCUCCUCGCCACCCUGCGCUACCAGCUCGCCUUCCUCUUCACCUCCGACCCGGACGUCAUCGCCCUCGUCGCCAACGUUAUGCCCGUCUGCGCCAUCAUGCAGUUUGUCGACUGCCUCGCUGCCAUUAGUCACGGCCUGCUACGGGGCACCGGAAAACAGGAGUUUGGCGGCUAUGCCAAUCUGGCGUGUUAUUAUGUGGUUGCCUUGCCUCUGGCAUUUGGGACGGCUUUCGGCCUGGGUUGGAAACUUUAUGGCUUGUGGUUUGGCGUUAGUGUUGGGUUGACACUUGUAUCAGCAGUCGAGUUCCUCUACCUCUACCGCUCAGACUGGGAAAAAUCAGUAAGAGACGCUGAGCGCCGCAACGCGAGUGCUUAGAAAAUUAUGCAUCCUUUUCACACCCCCCCCCACCCCCCCCCCCAAAAAAAAAGGAGGAGGGGGAUGCAUAAAUCAUCACAUCACAAGGAGCCGGUCCACUUUUUGCGUGCUGCGUUUUCCUCUUUCUUUCUUCCUUGGGUACCUUAGGCAUGGCCUUCUCCCUUCCUUCUUCACCUUGAAUCCAGCAAAGCCGCAUUCUUUUCUCGUCGUCUCGUUAUUUAGUCUGCUCUGUCUGGUUCACUUCACUUCAUAGCGUCAUGGUUACAGACUCAUCGUUGUUUUAACGUGGUAAUAAAUGACAUGCAGUGCCU